AUGGGAGACUUGACAGAAAUAAAGAUGAAUAUGGCAGCUUUGAAACGCGUUGAUCCCUAUAUCAAGGAUAUUUUAGAGACAGCAACGCAUGUGGCUCUUUAUAAAUUUAAUGCGGAGAACAAUGAAUGGGAGAAGACUGAUAUCGAGGGUGCAUUACUAAAUACCAAUAAUUUAGUGGAACCUGUCACACAGAGGCUUGAUCUCGAGCUCCAAGAACCAUUUUUACUCUACAGGAAUUCAAAAUAUAACAUUUACGGUAUUUGGUUUUACGACAAGGACGAGUGCAUACGUAUUGCGGCUAUUUUAAAACAGCUUGUAAAGCAUUCUGACGAAAACUUAAAGAAAGUUAAUACAAGUUUGAAGAAUAAAAAACAAGUCAUUAAUAAAGCCAGUGACUCUUUCAAUAACGUUGAUAUAUUUAGCAUGCUCAGCAAAGCUCAAGAAAAUUUCAAUACUUCCAGAGAGAGCAAUGGUAAUCAUGAUAUUAAUUUGAAUUCUGAUGGAAUUUCUGAUGAUAUCAAUACUUUUUCUCAUUCAGGAACUGGUAUUACAACUGGUGGAAUGUUUGAUGGAACUUCUCAAAGUGUUGUUGAUUUCUUUGCCAAAGCCAAGCAUCAACAGCCUCCAGGAAACGUUCACGUUGCCGUAGAGAAGCCUAUAUCCUUAUCUCACCUAAUGUCUCACCCAGCGGCACACACUCUAGAGCACAUAGAAAAACAGCAGCGUUCCAUCACCCCCCAAUCUACGGGAAUUCCUUCCAUAGUCCCACCAUCGACUGUGCCAAUCGCAGUGAACUUGAUGAAGAACGGAACUCCAUCAAGUAAAACGAAAAAGCACGCAUGUUCCGACUCUGGACUAGCAGCAUCAUCCCAAAUGCUUCAACAUCCAAAAUCAAGUGCAAGCAAUGACGUGAUAGUCGCUAAAAGUUUUCAUAGAAUACAAUCACCUUUAACAGGAGGUCCAACAAAUAAUACAAUAAUAAAUCACAAUACUCCAGGACAAAAUUACAGGCAUUCAAUUUUCUCAAUGGACACUCCGCUUGAUUGUAAUAAAGUAAUUAAAAAUGAAAAGCCAAGUGCUGGAAAAACUCUGACGGAUAUUUCAGCAUUGCCUUUAGGAUUUUCUUCACUAGAUUUAGACGACAAGUCAAUUGAAUCUGAGGAAGCUCAAGUUGGAAUUCGUGGAUUUGGUACCAAUGCUCCGGCGUUGAUGCCUCCCGUGAUGUUUUCUGCUACCAGUCCCUCCGAGUCAACUCGACCAAUUAUUGAACCUCUCACUCGAAAUCAAUUACUCCAAGCGUUUAAUUAUCUUCUUAAAAAUGAUUCGGAUUUUAUGAUGAAAUUACACGACGCCUACGUUAAAUCUUUUAGCGAAAUUUAUUCGUAA